AUGCUCUGGAGUGAUCCCGAGGCACAAACAGAGCCAGUUUCAAGCACCUUGUAUGGAUCCAGGUUUUUGGCAGGGAAGGUGGGAGGCUCAGUCACCCAUCAAUGUUUCUACCCCAUCACACCAGCCAACAAACACGACCGAAAAUACUGGUGCAGAGUCACAGGAAACAGAGGCUGCUACACCAUCAUCUCUACAACAGGCUACACCUCCAAGCACCACGUGGGGCGAGUGUCCCUUGAGGACAUCCCCCAGAAUGGCACCUUCCUGGUGACAAUGACAGGGCUGAAGAAGGAUGACACAGGGAUUUACCGCUGCGGCAUCGGCACCACCAACAGAGACCUGUAUGUCGGGCUGAACCUGACAGUUUGGGCAGAUGCCCGUGUGCUGGGGACCACCAAGCUCGUCCAGGGGCAGCUCCAUGGCUCUGUCACCAUCCUGUGCCCAGCCGGGGACACCCAGGGGAGCGAGGAGAGGUUCUGGUGCAGACUGGGGAGAACCAGCUGCACUCUCAUAGCCGACAGCAGAGGCUUCGUCAGAAGGAGUUACCAAGGACGAGUCUUUAUCACCCCCGAGGGGAGCUCUGGAGCUUUCAAAAUCUUGAUAAAUGACUUAAAAAAAGAAGACUCGGGGCUGUACCAGUGUGGGACAGGAAGAGUGAGAGGGUGGGACAGCCCACAGGUGGUGGCUCUGCAGGUGACCACAGCCUCCACCCUUCCCAAGAGACCAAAACAUCUCAGCAGCAGAGUUGGAGGCUCGGUGCUUGUGAAGUGCCACUCUGACCCCCAGGGGAACUACAAGAAGAGGUACCUGUGCAGGUGGAAGGCAGGGAGCUGUGAGCUGCUGGUGGACACGGAGGGGUUUGUGCACGAGUCCUACAGGGGGCGAAUACAACCAGCCAACAGUGACCAGGAACCUGGGACCUACACGGUGGUGCUGAGCCACCUGAGAGAGGAGGAUGAGGGAUGGUACUGGUGCGGGGCCAAAAACGGGCACACGGAGCACACAUCCCCUGUGAGGCUGCACAUCCAGAAGGGGCCACUCAAAGAACAGCCUCUUUUGUACUAUGCAUAA